AUAAAUUUAUUAUAUCGAUAACACAUAUAAAAAAGUCCUUAGACGAUUAGCGAAAUAUUCAUAUAUUGUGGUAAUUGUUAGUCAAAGUGCUUUGGACGGGUAAGGCUAUUACCGGCCAUGUGGAUUCCAGUCACGGUGUUGUGUGUGUUGGUGGUGUUGAAUUCGGCACGGGCCGUACCGGGAUGGGGGUACUAUGGAUACUCUGGCUCCAGCAGCAGCAGCAGUAGCAGCAGCAGCAGCAGUGAAAGUAGCGGCAGCAACGAGCCGGUACAUGUCGGCGAGGAAUGUUCUUCUUCAAGUGGAUGUAUGGACCCGUAUGCGGAGUGUUUGGAGUUCGGAUGUAACUGCAAACUUUUCUGCCAGUGUAGACCCGGAUACAGCUUCGCCAAAAACGGGCAAUGGGGCUGUGGUAUCUGCUACCGAGAUGGUGAUGAGCCACCGUCCCCUCCAAGCCCACCAUCUCCCCAAACACCUCCAUCUUCACCGACCCCCGAUACACCUCCAAGCCCUCCGACCCCUCCAUCCUCACCGACCCCCGAUACACCUCCAAGCCCUCCGACCCCUCCAAGUCCACCAACCCCUCCAACUCCCCCGUCCCCUCCAACGCCAUCCGGAUGCGAUUGUGACUCUGAUGAGGACUGUAUAGACGACGAAUGUUACCCGGAGUGUGAGGGAUGCGAGGUCCGCGGACCUGAUAAAAAAUGUCAUGCUGAUUACUACGGCGAGUCAUGUAUUGAGGAUCCAGACAGUUGCUGCAAUAAUGAUUUGGAGUGUCUGAACGGAAAGUGCGUGUGUCGAGAUUCAGAUAAGGACUACGACGAUGAUAUCGAGGAAUGUCUCCGUCCGCUGGAUCCCCACUGUGACUGCGGGUUCGGGCAGGAUUGUAACUGCGAUCCGUCUGACGAAUGUGUUGACCGCAUAUGCUUACCGAUAUGUACCGGCGAGUGUGAUACCCGCGACCCCGACGGCGAAUGCCGUUCAGACGAAUACGGCGAGUCGUGCCUCGAUGAUCCUGACACGUGCUGUGGCGAAGACCUCGAGUGUGACGACGGAACGUGUAGAUGCGAGGACUCAGAUCUCGAAUAUGACCACGACGAAGGACGAUGCCUGGGAGAUGAGCUUGGUGAGCGCUGCAAGGACUUUCCGGACAUGUGCACGGUUAGAGACCCGCACACGCACUGUGAUGAUGGCAUUUGCGAGUGCAUGUCGCAGUACACAGAGAUUGAGGGAAUUUGUUGUGACGACUGCGAUGAUUCGAAGCACCAAGUCUGCUGCACAAAGAGUAAGAUCAACGGCAAUACUUGCCGAGGCCGCACCUUGGGCGAAUGUUUCUGCUACCAUGGUGUAGCCCGAGCUAGCAAUCCCCUGAUUUGCUGCGAGAACUGCGAGCUUCCGUCUACAUGCUGUGACUCCAACAAAUUGGGUGCUGGUUUUGAAGGCUGCAACAAUGACAAUGACUUGGGCAAAUGCGUCUGUGAGCAUGGCAUCGCAGACUCAACAGAAGACCCUAUGCUCUGCUGUGACGAUUGCGGUUCGGACAAGAAGUGUUGUACGAGAAACAUGGACUGCAAAGGCGCAACUCUUGGUGAAUGCUUUUGUGAACACGGCGUGCAACCAAACUCUGGGGGAAUGUGUUGCUCAUAUUGCCCCGGCCCACAGACGUGCAGCGAAGACGGAUCAUGCAAAGUCCCAAGACCAUGGGGAGUACCCUGCGACGCUGAUAACCCUUGCGUGGGCCUUUACGGUGUGGUUUGUAAACCGUACGACUGUUGCGGAAAGACAGUCAGCGACGACAGCGGCAGCUUGUACAGCGGACAUCAUGGAGCUAGCUCCCAUACGAAAUCUAAUGACGAUCAUAGCAUAAGCGACAGCACAAUAAUUACGCUACCGUCAUGUGAGGAAACAUUUUGUCUUUGUGACACCGCAAAGAAAAGGGCAUACACUAGAAACUCGAACGCCCCUUGUAAAAAAAGUAAUCUUUCCUACCUUAACCUGAGGAAACAUUGCAGAGACGCGUUCGAUGAUGACUCGUCUGGCGAUGAUUCAGAGAAAACAAAAACGAAAACCAAAGACACGAAAGAGAGCAAGGACACGAAGGGGGACAAGGACACGAAGGGGGACAAGGACACGAAGGACAGUAAGGGCACAAAGGAGAGCAAGGCCACUAAGGCUAGCAAGGCCACGAAGGAUAGCAAGGCCACGAAGGAUAGCAAGGCCACGAAGGAUAGCAAGGCCACGAAGGAAAGCAAGGCCACGAAGGCUAGCAAGGCCACGAAGGCUAGCAAGGCCUCUAAGGCUAGCAAGGCCACUAAGGAUAGCAAGGCCACUAAGGACACGAAGGGGAGCAAGGACACGAAGGAGAGCAAGGUAACGAAGGAGAGCAAGGACACGAAGGGGGACAAGGGCACGAAAGAGAGCAAGGACAAGAAUGAUAGCAAGGACAAGAAUGAUAGCAAGGCCACGAAGAAAAGCAAGGCCACGAAGCAGAGCAAGGCACCGAGCCAUGAGUCAUAGACGCAAUGUAGACACAUAUACAAGUAUACAACGUUCCUGUGUUUUCCCAACAGUGAAUGAUAUUUUUACAAACAAAACGUUUGUUGUGCCUUUGGUUUCACUUUGUACUGCACUGUUUCAAGCAUAAUGAUGUUUUCAAAUAAGGUAUGGGGAUAUACUUAUGUCAAUGUGGAUAUACUUGAAUACUUUAAUGUUGUGAGAUUUUUUUAAUUUAUCUUAUAUGGUUACGGGUGUGGUUUUUUUCGUUAGAAUGUAUGGAAUGAUUACUAUGUAUAUUGUACAAACAUGUGAUUUUCCUGAUGAAACAUACUCAUAACCCGAGGUAACUUAUUGGCCAUGCACCAAAACGUCAUAAUUAUUAUAAGUUUUGUUCUUAGAGGCUUGGAAGCUCUACCAUUGAACACUACUUAGCGAAUAGCUCAGACUUAUACUUUUAAAUGGCAAAUAGAAAAAAUGUAUCUUUCUAUGAAUAAAUCAUAAAAACAA